AUGAAUGGCAACGUCUGGUAUACUCCCCAAGCCGGCUCUUACUACGGGAACUACUCAUCCCCUACUGCUUAUGACCCUGCUCCUGGCGUAAAUGACUCGGUGCAAGACGCGCACCGCCUCCUGGCUGUGUAUCCAUUCGCCUCUGCAACUCCUUCCACACAUGUGACGAGGCACCUCGGUAGUCUUACCGUUACUGCCCAUCCUCCCUCUUAUGUACAACCGUACUCAUAUGGCGGUGCGGCACCCACAUACCACUUACCGGAGUCAACCGAGUAUAUGCAUGAGCUGAACCAUCUCGCCGCACCAUCGAUCCCAACCAACGACGGUGGAUACUGGGAAAAUGCAAGGAAUGAUGCGAUUAGAUAUCUAGGCGAACAAAGGCCCUCAGUGAAUUCUCUGCACACUCGUCCUGGUUAUGCCUAUGAGUCUAGCGCUAGCAACUAUUACUAUCAGAAUGCGAGCCCUUGGCAACAGACAUACCCUCUUCCAUCCAGCUAUCAGACUAUACCUUUCGCACAGUCUGUGUUCCAAUAUACCUCUCCGUCGUCUUCCUAUCCCACCCCGCCACCUCCGGGCAUCCGAUCGUCCUCCUCUUCGCUUGCCAAUGCCCUGGGCGAGCCUGUACCAAAGCCAGCAAGGACGGUGUACCAUCCCGAAGAGUCUGCACAGUUCUUCAACAAUUUUCUCGCAGAGUCUUCUGCCCAGGCGUCUUCAUCACAGCAGACUGCAGCUCCCGCCGUGCACCAGGAUGUCAAGGCUUCUCCACGAAAGCUUGCUAGAAUUGUUCAGAAAAGGGAGGACAGUCCUGAUCCGUUGGCGUUUGAUGUGUCUAGCCCUGAGAUGCCUAAUGUGACAGCAACGCCACGGAAACGCAAGCAGAUGGCAUAUGUGGAAAUUUCCUCUUCAAAGCGGCAGCAUAUGGAGCAUACAUCUAUGUUUGGAUACUCUGCCAGUGUGGAUCCUUUUGCCUCGCAGUCUCAAAGCGCUUCUACGCCGAAGAAGAAGUUGCAGCCAUACAUUGACAUUCCUGCCUUUCCAAAGCAGUAUCUGACACCGACAUCUCACAGACGCGAUGGCUAUCCAUUAACAGGCGAUGUGAAGGGUAAAGGCAGAGCUUCUGAAGGCGAUGACCUAGGCGGAUUCGGCUCGGACGAGGACAAUUAUUCAACGACUAGCGGGGCGUCGAGAUCGACCACUUUCACGAGGUCUUCCGGAAAGCGUGCGACUGGUGACAGGGACGAUCGAGCCCCGAUCGAGAAACUUAUCACUCUGCUCGAAGAUAUCUUCGAGGCAGAGGACAUGUUGCCUCCAGAUGCCAGCAUGCAGGAUCUUCCAUUGGAAUGGUUCUCGGAUCAUACCGUCGAUUGUUCGCACCCGCUGUUGCACCCAUAUAUCGUUCGCAAGCUCAUCAACCAUGUGGCCAAAGUUGCACGCCCGAGCAAGCGGUCAAGAAUGCCGAAUCGGGACGCACAAGGCAGUGGAGGCAGUCCGCGUUCGAGAGGCAGAAUGGCAGAGGUCGAUACGGCCACCCUGUCCAGGAUACUCAAGAUUCUGGAUAGAAGUAUCAGAGCUGGCGAAAGUCUCGACCCGUUCGGCCUCGCGUCUAAGCAAAGCGGACGAAAGACAUCCACAAAGCCUAACGGGAAAAAGAAGGUGCAAGGUGCUGACAGGCGCUCGGCUUCGGACACUCCGAAGCCCCCUGACGAAGGACAAGAAUCUGAAGGGGAGACUGCUGGUGAUGCUGAAUCGGUCAAGGACGAGGAAGUCACUGAGGCCGAUCUCGACAAUCUCACCAAAUUAUUGGACAUCGCAAGGGAUAGCAUCAUUGCGGCGGAGUGUUGCAUUGCUAUCCUCGCCAGUGAUAGGCUGACAAAGCAGUUGUACUCCGAGGAACUCAUCACGACCUGCUUGAGUGCGAUCAAGAACCAGCUCUCAAAAGUUGUGUAUCCCUUUGUCGAGGCGUCAACUGACUCCCAGGGGCAAUCGCUGCUUCUGCGACACGUCGUGGCUGCAUCGUCCCGGGACAGUGUGCACCGCCAACAGGUUGCGGAGAUAUUCCAGGCUAUCUCGUCUGUAACACCUCGCGUCACCGAUCUAAUUUGUGCGGACACGAUGGCGAUGUCCGAGACGAUCAUUAUCCAGGCUGUCUAUAUCGCCAUUGGGCCGUUCUUCGUGGUGGAGAAUAGCGAGAACGAAGGUAAGGGGAAGAAGGACAGUGCGUUCUUAAAUACGCUGGGUAGCAGUGCAAUGAGAGGGCUGCGGCUGGAUGCAUUGUCUCUCAUCCGAAGUAUAUUCGCCAAUCAUGAAGAUCAACGUGCUUGGAUCAUAGAAGAAAUUCUCUCAUCCUUGAUCAAGCUCUCGGAUACCAGGCAGAAAGCAGGACAAUUUCGGCUUCGCGAUGGCAGGUCAAUUCGCACUGUGUCAGCAUUGCUGCUGCAGCUUGUGCAGACAUCUGCACACGACAUUAAUGCGGAGGCGCGUGUACUUCGCAAAGCUAGGCAACAGCUUUUGGCCAUGCAGAAACACGAAUCUCGCGAUCAGAAAGGGCCCUUCCUCGAUGAAAAAGAUAUGGAGGUACGCGACGGUCUAUUUAUUGCUCUUGGCGUAUUGUACCAUCACUAUGCGCAGGAAAUCCGAUUGUAUGCAUCUGGUCUUGAUUCUGCGACCAAAGCCGCGAAGACUAUCAUCAUCUUCCUGACGCAGAGAUCGGGUAAGACCAAGGUCACGAAGAAUUCCAAUGAGGCGGAAUAUCGCGCGAUCUUCGACAAUCUCAUAUCCGAUCUGCUAGCCGUCCUGUUUUGGCCGGAAUGGCCCGCUGCUAGUCUAUUGCUCAGCAUCGUUUGCAAAUUUUUGGUGUCGUCACUGGAUGAUGUGAAGACAACCAAUCAAAACGACGGUAAUGCAAUGAAGAUGAUGGCACUGGACCAUUUAGGAGUGAUUGCAGCACGAUUGCGGUCCACGAUGCUUAAAUUCCAGGACAACAGUGAUGAAAUUGCGACCAACAGGUUAAGACCGCUAGAUGAGGCGCAGAUCCUGGCGAAUAUAAGUAUGAAACAAUUCCAGAAGCUUGCGUCUGCUCAUAACGAUCUGGCAUCCCACCUGUGCAAGCGAUCGUCGGAAGAUCAAGCAUAUGAUAGCGCAAGAGAGCUUACAGCCGUUAUCUGGGGCCAAGGAUUGGCAGCCGCACUGCAUCAAUGUAGCAACAUGCUCACUGACUCAGGCGAGGAUCAAUUUGACCCCAAGAUCGACCGUAACAAGGUGCUGUCGUUCGGGUACAGAAUGAAAGAUGCACUUCGAGCAAUCUGGGACGACCCAUCUGCUGAUGUGUUCGAUGUCGGAAGUUCUUGUGAUGAGGUAUCGCGCGUAGAUCGUCUCGCCGAGGAGAUAGGGACCGUCCAGAGCUUCAAACACUCCUUCAACCCGAUUCUCAACGUGGUAUUGCAAGCCCUUGAUGCUCCCCCGGUGUUCAUGCGGACGAAGGCCUUGAAGGCUUUGGGACAGAUCGUCACCAGUGAUCCUAGCCUUCUCUCCAUGCCGAAUGUGCGGAGAGCGAUCGAAAGCCACCUCCUGGACAGCUCAUCCGCAGUUCGCGACGCGGCUGUCGAGUUAAUAGGCAAAUACAUGAUUGAUUCUCCCGAGUUUGCCUCAGAUUACUAUCAAAAGAUCGCUGAGCGUAUCGCGGACACGGGGCUGGGAGUUCGCAAACGUGUCAUCAAGCUCCUGAGGACGAUCUACGCUGCCACUGACGAUAGGUCACGACGGAUAGACAUAUGCACUCGCAUUAUUCUUCGCAUGCUAGAUGAGGACGAGACAGUCAAGGACUUGGCUGUCAAAACAAUAGAGGAAAUCUGGUUCUCAGGAGGAGGACAAGGACCUCAAAAGACGAGAACGGUAUCAAGCACUCCUGGUGACAAGACACAGCUCCUGGCGAAGGUAGGAGUCAUCAUGGGUGUAUCUAGCCACUUCAAGGAUAGGCAGUCGCCACUGGAGGAUCUCCUGCAUCAAAACAUAGUCAGCAAGGAGGGUGCAGAAGCUGCAGCAGUACAUGAUCGGUAUACAGAGAUCUGCGAAGCCCUGAUCGACGGGCUCGUAGAUGCGUCUGACCUGCCUGAUUUUACGAUCGUCAAUUGUGUGCGGACGAUACACCUUUUCACCGCUGCAUAUCCAGCGGUAUUGUCUGGGUCUAACGCAUCGACAUUGCUGCCAUAUCUGAAGAACUCGACCACACCCGAGGAGCAAAUCACGUCCGAUUACCUGCUUAGAAUUUUCCGCGCAUCGAUCCCUUACAUGCCCAAGACUGCAGCCAAGUUCGGUCAAGACUUGCAAUUGGCUCUGCAGCCUAUGAUCAUCAAGCCAUCCACUGCUUCCGGUCUACUUGGCUUGCAAGAGGCUGUUGCAUGUAUGUGCUCCAUCGUUGAACAUAUCACCCAUGACUUUGGACGCCUUGUUGCACUUUUACGGUCUUGCAAUGCACGACUGCAGCAAGCUACAGCGAAGCCUGUAUCGCAAGCUAUGAGUAAUCCCGAGCAACGGGCCUUGACCAUCUUACUCUUCAUUGUUUCGUUGCUUUGCGAACAUUGCAACUUCGACCGCAUCCGGUUGGAACGCGAGAGUCUUCGUGCUGAAAUUGACAGCAUCACUAAGGGCUCCAUCUUCGAGCAUGUCUAUCGCAGUCUUCUUACGCUUUACGAGAAAUAUCAAAACCUCGGGCUGAGAGGACGGAUCUUGCAGUGCUUAGGUUUCCUCUUUCGCGCGCAGCCUGCGCUCAUGACGAUGGAUCGCUCAGCAAGCAUCAUGGACGGGAUAUUUGCAUCACCAGAAGAGGAAGCGCGUGGCCCGCUCCUCAAAAUUCUUCUAGAUUUCCUUGUCUCUGAAGCGAGCAAGCAUGCAGAGAAGGAGAAAACCAGUGCCAAGAAUAAGGGCGCAGGAAAGGUCAGCAUGGACGAACUGGUAGGCAACACCGACGGGUUUGCAGAGUCGGGAGUCAGCUCUGCCGUAGUCCAACGCUACCUUAACCCUAUCCUCCAGGCCGCUCUGUCCAAGAACAUGCAGAUCCAGUCCGCGGCCGUUGACAUCCUCAACUUCACGAUCAAGCAAGGAUUAGCGCAUCCACUGCAGUCCUUCCCGGUAAUCGUUGCGCUGGAGACCAGUCCCAAUACCUCCUUCAGUGCCCGUGCGAGUGCUUUGCACACAAUCCUGCAUAGCAAGCAUACGUCCCUAUUAAACGCCCGAUACGUCAUGAGCGCAAGAGCGUCGUUCGAUUAUCAGAAGCAGCUGGGAUUAGGGGAGGUUCAAGGAUAUCGAAUGUCGCCGGGCCCGACUGCGUUACUGCAGAAGUGGUAUUCUCUCGUCCGUGAGAAGCGCGCGACAAGGCAGGACUUCCUCAAAGCCCUCGUCAAGGUUUUCGACGUAGAACCCACCGCGAAGAUGUCGCAGACGUUAAUAACAUCUAUCAAGGACGAUGUCGCCUUCAUUCGAUAUAUGGCAGAAAACUUUGCAGCACUGGAGUAUAAGACGCAGGAAGAAGUACUGACGGUGCUGAAAUACCUCACAGCAGUAUUGUCGACCACCGGAAUGCAGCUGGUGGAGAUGUUAUCGCCUCAGCAUCUGCUUGCACAGCUGCACGAACCGAUGUCGCAAGCACAGCCUGGAGAUCCUCCGAUGAUGGCCUCGCAAAAUGACCAAGCUGCCUUCACUGCUGAGUUGUCAACCGCGGCCGAGGCAGUAGCAUCUCAGUCUGCGAUAAUGACAGUACCGUUGGAGGAGAAACUCCCGCUCAUGCGAACGUCGGUCGUCGUCGCAAUGAUCAUGCUGCUCAAGGCGCAUCUGAAGGCGUUGUACGGCAUCUCAGAAGAGAAAUGCUCAAAGUGGGUGGUGGGGAAGAAGACUGCCGUGGGCGACAGACCGGCGACACGUCGGCACGAGAGGCCCAUGCUUUGGGAGCGCUUGCCGUUCGCUACGGAGCCGUUGCUGACUAGUGCUGAUGUCGAGUCUCAGCGGACAAGGUUCUUGCAAAUUUGGAAUGAAGAUGGUCUUACCGCUGAACCUGAGGAUGAAUUCGCGUGA